AUGGCUUCUGGCAAAUCCUGUGUCUUAGCGGUCGCCUUCAAAUGGAGCAAGUUCCACGCACUCAUCACGGAGUUUGAAACCGCAAACCCCGAACCAAAGCCACUAUACGAUGUUUCCUAUGGUAUGCUAGCGCCCCAUCUCAAAAUCAAGUCGAUACAAGAAGAUAGACAAAUUGGGACCGGCACCGUCCACACUAUCAGCAUCAGUCCCGACUACUCGCUCCACGGAUCCAAGGGUACCAUCCAAGCCAAGAGCCGUCUGCGGACAAUCUACACCCACAUGUCCCAUACAUUCUCCGACACAGAUAAGCCAGCUAAGAUGACAUGGUCAAGCCAAAGUGGCUUCACGACGUGGGACUUUAUCUGCUGCGAUGAGAACCAGAUACCUGUGGCGAAAUACAGUGCCAAUGUAUGGGCACUCAAGAAGAUGGCUAAAAUCGAGGUCUUGGGGCCGAAGGCGUUUGAUACUGCUGCUCUCGAUGAGAUUGUGACAGUUGGAAUGACGUUGUAUUUCUGCAUGUGCAUUCGUAUCAACAAUCCCCUAAAUCUUGUUGGCUCUGCUUUUAUGCGGACAGGAAAAGAGGCGCAAAUCGAGGCACCACGACCGCAGCGCAUUCAAGGAAAUGUCGUUGACUAA